AUGGCGACUUCGGAGGAGCAGAUGAAGGAGCUGUGCAAGCGCAUCGCGGAGGGCAUCCCGGAGCUUGAGAAGCGCUUCACCGCCGUCGAGGCCAAGUGCGACAGCUCAGCCAGAAGCAUCAAAGAGGAGCUGCUGGAGCGUAUGGCCGCGUUGGAGGCGAAAGUGGAGGCUGGAGCUGGCGCAUCGGGUGGUACGCCGGCAGGGGCUGCUCCUGGGCACGAGGAGGUGCAUAAGCGCCUGGAAGCCAUGGAGAGCGCUACGAAGAGCGAGCGCGAGGAGCUGGCGAAGAAGCUGGACAACAACAAGAAGGAGCUGCAGCAACUGGUUUCAUCUUUAGAGGCGAAGGUGGAGGCUGGCCCGGGCGAAGACUUGAAGAAGGGAGCAGAGGCGCAGAUCAUGAAGAAGGUUGCUACGAGGCUCCAAGACUUUGAGUCCCAGCUCACCAGCCAGCUCUCGUCCGUUGCCACCGACUUUGAUAAGAAGCUCUCCCACGUGCAGCGCGGCACUUCCACUGCGAAGCCAAUGGAUGGCGCCGGCGCAGGUGGAGGUGACGCUGGCCUCGACACGAUGGCAGAGGAUUUGGAUCAGCUGAAGUUCGAUGUGGGCGAGCUGAAGGACAUGAUGACCAACAGCAAGGGCGAGGUGAACCACAUCCGCCGCAUCGUGUUGGCCUGCGAGCGGGACAUGGAAGACUUCACCGCCGCCAUGGACGCUGUGAACGUGGACCUGGACGAGAUGCGCGCCCGCGUCGACGCGACGCACUCGAUCAUCACCAGCCGCCAGCGGGUGGAGGCGACCAUGACGGCGGAGAUCUCCACCAUGCGCCUGGACAUUGGCGACAUUCAGGAAGCACUCAAGAACCACGACUCCUGGAUGGAGGAUGUCUCGAACACCCUGCAGCAGAUGCAGGAGAAGGAGGACAACACGACUGAAGACCUGAUCAACCUCAAGAAUGAGUUCACCGCCAAGCUGGACACGAAGGUGGACAAUGUCGCUUGGAAGGAGGCGAACGACGACCUCGACGCGGCGGUGAAGACGGUCCGCGACAUGGUGUCGUCCUUGCGCCUGGAUGUCGACGCACGCCGCCGCAAGGUGGACGAGAUCUUGGCCACCAUUCGGCACGAUAUCACCUCUGUGGAGACAAACCUGGAAGAGUCCAAAGCCAAGCUGGCCUCUGACACCGAUCACGCCAUCAAUGCUCUCAACGGACGCAUCGACUUCACCAACAAGGACCUUUCUGCGACCCAGGAGAGCCUCCACACCACACAGAACUCGCUCAGCGACUGCUUCAACGAGGUGGCUGUGGUGCGCAGUGACUUGGAGAGAAGCCUCGCCGACACAGAGGCACGGGUCAAGAACGACAUCCGUCAGAAGCAGCAGGAAACCAUGGAGAAGAUGGGAGAUGUGGAGCAGCAGUCCGAGCUGCGGGCCGCAGAGGCGUCUCGGCGCCUGGGCGCGCUGGACCUGCGCAUGAGCGGGGUGCAGGGAGGCCUCGGGGAGCAGAAGCGCGACAUCCUGAAGCUUCGGGAGGAGGUGAAUGGCCUCACCGUGAAGAGCGCCAGCCACGAGGUUGACAUCCAGAAAGUGGGGGACGCUUGCAAGAAGUUGGACAAGCAGCGCAACCUGGAUUCGCAGAACAUGAAAGCUCAGCUGGAUGGAAUCCAUGACGUGCUGGACACCAAGGUCAAUGAGAAGCCCUUCGAAGACGUGAAGCACUGCGUCUCCUCGCUCACCAAAGGCGUCGUGAAGUUCGCGCAAGUCGUCGGGGUCUUCCCGGGCCCGCGGUUCGACGAUGCGGAGGGAGCAGAUGCCGGUGAGGCGGACGUGGAGCUUCUGGGCUGGGAGGAGAGCGCAGAGACACUGGCCUUCCGGGUGGACAAAGCGUGGCGACAACGCUGUUCCCAGCGAUUCCGGAACAUCUUGGACAUGAUUGCGAAGAAGGCUGACCACAGUGUGCUGCGCCUGCUGCAGAUCUCACAGCAGCACAUCGAGUCGCAACUGGAGCGUGUGAAGCACGAGCGCGAGCUGUGGAAGGAGGUCGUGGAGCGCCGCCAGCAGCAGCCGCUUCAACUCGCCCUGUCCAUGAAAGAGCCUCUUCCUCCGGCAUCACUCCCGGAGGGGAGUCAGACAGCAAGGGGACCUUUCCGCGGAUGA